CAAAUGUCAAAAUUAAACGUCAGUCAUUUAAUCUUUGUUAUCGUUUAUGUUUUAAUGUUUAUUUUAAAGAGAUGAGCGAUGAAUCCCGUUGUGGACUUUCCACCCCAACCUCAUGUUUUUCUACAUGUCCUUCAAUCGAAACAGGAUCGGAGGAUCAAUUACCACCGGCCUUGGUUACUGAAGAGCUCCAGUUAGCACUCAACAAGGAAGCCACAGAAAGCGAGCUAAAAAAAGCAGUAGAAAGAUGUAAAGAGCUGGUUUUGAACUGUGAGCAAUGUUCUGUUGAACGGAGGUGGUUGGUAAGACAUUUAAUUGAGUUAAGGUUAAGAUUGCAGGAGUGUAGGGAAGCUUUGGUUGAUCCUAAUCAUCCUAGAAAUAAAAGUAGUGGUGUUUCUAGAAGGGUUAUUAGAGGACAUCAUUUGAAUUUACAGCCUUUGUUACGAUCUUCUCAAUCUAAAUAUUGUGAUCAUUGUACUGGCAUUAUAUGGAGUGUUGUUCAAGCUUGGUAUGAAUGUGAAGAUUGCGGGUUUUCUUGUCACCACAAGUGCUUAUCGUCAAUCGUUAGAGAUUGUGCUCAUAUCAUCGCCAGUGAAAGGGGUGGUUAUGAACUGCGUAUUUGUCCGGAAACUGGAAUGAGCGCACAGAAAUAUUUGUGUGCUGAGUGUAAAACACCUUUGGCAGUCACUGUACCUAAAGGAUUAUCUUAUUUGGUCAAAUUGAUUCUACCAGGUAUGGGCAUGGAUAUAAGACGUUGUGACUAUAAUGGUAUGUAUUACUGUUCAGCUUGUCAUUGGGGAAGUUUAGCAGUAACACCAGCGCGUGUAGUACAUAAUUGGGACAUGACACCACAUCCUGUGUGCCAAGCAAGUUUACAACAGCUCAAAGUAACAUUAAAUAGGCCUUAUAUUGAUUUAGAAAAAGAAAAUCCGAAAUUAUUUACACUUGUUCAUGAGUUAAAUUUAGUUAAAAGAUGCCGACAAGAACUUCACGGAAUGCGAAAGUAUUUAUUAAUUUGUCGCAUCGCUAAAGAGGAUCAUUUGUUAUGGAAAUGUGUUGAAAUACCGCAUUUAAUUGAAACGGUCAAUUUGUAUAGUUUGCAAGAUUUGGUGAAUACCGAGAGUGGUGAAUUAAUAACUAAGUUGCAUAAUUUGUAUCAGAUUUUUUCGAAUCAUAUUAAAAAGGAUUGCCAGAUUUGUAAGGGUAGAGGUCACAUAUGCGAGAUUUGUUCAAAUACGGAAGAAUUGUUUCCUUUUGAUGCGAUCGCCGUCCUUUGUCCUGAUUGUGGUGCUGUUUAUCAUAAAAAUUGUUUCAGCCGAAAGAACAACGUUUGCCUGAAAUGCAUUCGCAUCAAAGAGAGGCUUAAGAAGGCUGAAAUUAGCAAUGACGAUGAUUAAUCUGUGAUAUAUGUAUGUUUUUAUAGUAUCGAGUUUACAUGUUUUCAUCAAUUUUUAAAUGUGUUGUUUCUUUUAAUCAGUUUAAAUUAUUUUUUUAUUAAUGUUUCUCUGUGGAAAAGUUUAUAUCUAUGGAGAUAAUGUGAUUACGGAGUUUUUAAUAGUUCAAAAGUAAACAGCUUUUAAAAUAUAAUAAAUAAAUAAGGUGUUUUGAUACUUUAAAA